AUGGCACCUUAUGAAGCUUUAUAUGGAAAGAAAUGUAGAUCGCCAGUGUGUUGGACUGAAGUCGGGGAGAAACAGAUCAUGGAAGAAGAAAUCAGACCAAACAUCAUUGAGGAAACAACGGAGAAGAUCAAGCUCAUCCAGGACCGCCUGAAGAUAGCUCAAGAUAGACAGAAAAGUUAUGUGGAUAGCAGAAGGAGGAAUCUUGAUCUCAAUAUAGGAGACUCAGCAUUUGUGAAGAUUUCACCUCUGAAAGGGGUCGUUCGAUUUGGGAAGCGGGGAAAAUUGAAUCCAAGGUUCGUGGGACCUUUCAGAAUCACUAAGCGUGUCGGACCUGUAGCAUAUCGACUCGCAUUAACACCGAAGCUCGCCGGAGUUCAUGACGUCUUUCAUAUCUUGAUGCUAAAACCUUAUGUGCCAGACUCAUCACAUGUUCGAGUGCCUGAGUCAGCUGAAGUGCAACUGAAUCUGACUUACAUUGUAAAGCUCAUUCGUAUCAUGGACAGAAAGGUGACGCAAUUGCGAAACAAAGUCAUACCUCUAGUGAAGUUCUGGUGGGACAAUAAUGCUAACGGAGAGGCUACUUGGGAAACAGAGGAGGACAUCCGAACUCUCUACCCGUAUCUUUUUGAAUAA